AAUGACAGAGAGGAGAGACAUGGCAGAAACAGGAACAUACGCCAAUGCUGCCUUUGAUAUGAGUCCCACUUCUCAAGCAGAUGAGAGUCCGUGUGGCAGACCUGAGAGGGCUACAGCCUCCAAGCCCUCUGGAGCGGUGAAGAGCUACUCUAGAUGGGUCGCUGUGUGUCUGGGACUGCUGUGUGUUCUGCUGCUAGCACUCAACAUAGGACUGGGAGUCAGAUACGUUCUGGAGAAACGCCAGCUACAGUCUGAGAGGGAAGACCUGCUAGCAAACCAUGUGAAUAUCACCAUGGAGAGAGACCAGGCAUUGGCCAGUAAUACCAACCUGACCAGACAGAUGGACCAGCUACUGGCAAGUUAUGUGAAUAUCAGCAUGGAGAGAGAUCAGGUAUCAUCCAGUACUACCAACCUGACCAGACAGAUGGACCAGCUACUCAGCACCAAUGAACAGCUUCGAGCCAGAAUCUCUGAACUGGAAAAGAGAUGUCCCUCUGGAUGGAGACAUGUUAAUACCACAUGUUAUCUCAUCUCCUCAUCAGACAAAUCAUGGCCUGAAAGUAGACAACACUGCAAAGACAUUGGAGGAGAUCUGGUGAUCAUCAGCAGCGAAGAGGAACAAGUUUUCAUUCAUGGAUUGGGAAUUUUCAGGGCUUGGAUUGGACUGAUGUACAAGCAGGGUGUGUGGGAAUGGGUGGAUAGCUCACCAUUGUCCACAAGUUACUGGGAUCAUAAUGAACCCAAUCCUUUUUCAGAGCAAUGUGCUCUCAUUGAUGGCAAGGCAGGUAACCCAUUGUUUAAAUGGCAUGAUUAUCUAUGUCGUGAUAAAUACAGUUUCAUUUGUGAGAUGUCUGCUUUCUUGUAAUACCAAAAAAGUCUGUUACCAAUAUUGCUUAAAAGGAUGUCUCGUCUGUAAUAUUCGUCUGAUGUGGUUUUCAUUUAAAUAUUUCUGAUUGACCAUUAUUAUUAUUUUGUUGAUGACCAUUAUUACUUUUAUUUUUGUUGUUAUUAUUAUGUUUUUUUUGACCAUGUUGUUCCCUUCAUUACCGGAUGUGAUUACCGUGGUCUUCUUGACUUUGCAUUCUAGUGCGUUUAGACGCAUGCUAUGCCACUUGUCACCUUACGUCUGUGCUUAACUCUUCCAGGUAGCCUACCUGUAGGUCAUGUGAUAAAUGACAUCUCAGACCAUUGUUCUCAUUGCCUGAAGAAGAUCCCACUGCGGAUCGAAACGUUGCCUUUUUAUAAAGUAAAUAAAGUGUAUUUUUGGAGCCUACACAGUGUGCGGACCAAUCCAUUCCAUCGUCUGUUAUAUUCCCGAAACUUUGAAGACAUCAUUUUCUGACCAAAUAGAGAUUUCAGGGACUUCAUGAUAUAUUGAGUGCCAGUCAAAUCCUUAUUUUAAGAAAUCCUUUGAGAAGAUCUUUAACUGGAACUGGUCAGUUCUCAACUUUAUAAUUCCCCCUGGACAUUUGUAUUCCUUUUUUAGAACAGCUUAUUUGAUACUUGGCAAGCUGACUAUAAUUCAUGCACAAUUUGACAUGCAAUAGUGAGAAUAGACAGAGGAUUCCUAAUGAGGAGACACAGUACUCAAAAAACCCUCCAUAGAAAGACAUGGGGUUACUUUGUAACGGCAAUAUAACAGCUGUCUACACAUUUCCCGCCCAUUCCGUGGCAAAAAAAAGUCGAAAAUCUGAAAUGCAGAUGUACAUUGAUAUGUAAAGCUGAAACACAUCUAUGUAUUUUGUCCUGUGUUGCAUACUGAUGGCUUUAACAAGUUCUGGUUUAAAAGGUCUUGAUUCCCUAUUAUUUUAUUAGCCUAUUUAAGGCGUAUUCACACCUGCCUUAUUUAGUUCGAUUAAAACGAACUCAAGUUCGUUUCUUCUUGGUUCGGACCUUUUUGACUGGUGUGAAUACAAUCACUCCAAUUCUGGUGCGGACCAAACAAGCGGACCGAGACCCAGCUGAGGAGGUGCUCUCAGGGCGGUUCCUAUCGAACCCUGGUGCGGUUCCUUUAUGUUGUGAAAGCAGCCUGACCUCGAUCCGACCCAGUUGCAGAAAUCUACCUUUUUGAAUUUGACGAGCUCCCAUAAUUUUCGCGCAUUAUGGGAAAUGUAGGAUGGAUCAGUGACACACAACAGCUGUACGCUGCAGUAGGCUAACGCUUUUUUGGCAAUAAUAAUUCUCCUACCUGUUCUGUCUUACGUAGGCCUGCUGUUAGUGUAGCAUGUUGGACACACAUGAGAGCUCUCCUUCUCAGCUGUUUUGCUGCACGUCUUCGUCGUUGCAAAAUUACGAGCAUAAUAUUGUUAAACUCAUGUUGCAUCAAACGGUCUUGACGCUUGAGCACUUCUGCAAAGCUGUAACUGUAUAAACUAUAUUGCUAGGAUUACAACGAGUACAGUAGCCUACGCAACGUUUCCAUAGUAUUUACGUGGGCCAACUUUGACUUUGACUUCCUUAUUCUUUACCCCGCCUACACGUUUACCGGCCAAUGGUUGAACGACCUUAGCACAUGUGCUUUUGUUUAUGAAUUCUGGUCCGGUUGCAAUUAAUCACAGUGUGAAAGCGAACCGCACUAAGAAAAAAAAGGGGGGGGAAAUUGGUCCGGACCAAAGCAAGUGAACUAACGGACCUUCCUGGUGUGAAUACGCACUAAGUCUAAUAUAUUAGGAUUUAUACUCAAGUUACUGUACUACAAAAUGUCCUUUUGUGUUCUACAACAUUUAAUGUUAGAUUAAAUAAA